AGACGGAGAUGACCCGAAAUAAACGAAUUAGAGCCAGUCCAGCGUUACAGCAAAAUACCUCGUUUCGUUCGCAUCGUCGUUCGCGAUGGGGACGCUCGCCUCCGCGAUCCUCGGCGACCUCAUCAGCCGAUCCGUAUCCUUCGCCGUGGACAGGUGCUGCCACCGGUGGCGCAAGCCCGGUGGCUUGGAGGACGCCCCGCAACGGCUGCGCCGCGUGCUUCUACGACUUCAGGCCGUCGUCGAGGAGGCCGACAGGCGGCGCGUCACCAACCAGGCGAUGCUCCGGCAGCUUCAGCUGAUGAGGGAAGGCGUGUACAGAGGCUACUACCUGCUCAGCGCCAUCAAGCGCCAAGGCGUUCACGAGGUUAGCAGUCUUCGUGAUCGCUCGUCGUUCGCCUUGUCCCUGUUCAAUCCGGCGAAGCGCUUGCGCACUACUGUCUCGGCCAGGACGGCGCCGGCGAGCACGGCGCCUGAAGACAACGGACGCGAGGGGGAGGUGGAGGCGGAGCUGCAGGAGGUGCUCGACGGCCUAGAGCGCAUGGCCAGCGACAUGAAGGAGCUCGCUGUGUUCUUGAGCUGCUACCCUCCGGCGCGCCGCGAGCCUUACAGCGGGCACCUGUGGCUGGAGAACCGCAUGUUCGGCCGCGAGGCAGAGCAGGAGAAGAUCAUCAGCUUCUUGCUGGGACCAGAGCCUGCGGGCGCAGAAGAUCCGGGCGUGCUCCCAGUGAUCGGUCGACCAAGGGUUGGCAAGAGCACCCUCGUCGAGCAUGUCUGCUUGGACGAGAGGGUGCGCGGGCACUUCUCCCUGAUCGUCUUCCUCGGCCAAGGAGACAUCGAGGAUGGAAAGCUAUUGCCUCAUCUGGGACUGGAAGACAACGGCACAAUCAAGCACCGGGAUCUCGACCCGGCCAGGAAAUCGCUGGUUGUUAUCGAGCUAGUCCGCGACGUGGAUGACAACACAUGGUGGAGGAGAACAAUGUCUGCACUGCGAGGACGACGCACAACGCCGGUCAGCAAAAUCAUCGUCACGAGUCGAUCGGAGAAGAUCGCAAGUUUUGGGACAACACAAGCUCUCGAGCUGAAACCUCUGCCUCGAGAAGCCUACUGGUACUUCUUCAAGACGAUCGCGUUCGGGAGCGCUGACGCGGAGGAUCAGCCGGAGCUAGCAUCUGUGUGUAUGGAGAUGGCGGACCUGCUGAAUCGAUGCAUCAUCUCGGCCAAUUUGUUCGGUGUCUUGCUGAGAGCUAACCCUUGCUGUCAGUUUUGGCGAAGGGUUCUCAACGGCCUCAGACACUACAUACGAAUGCACCUCCUUCACUUUGCUUACCAUUCUUACCAAGCGUGUUCGUCCCAGGAGCAUGAUCUGCCCAAGAUAACUCUGAACGAGGUGCAGAUUGGAAGCACAAGGCCUCGAGGGAAGUUUGAGGUCUUGGCUUGGAGGUCUCGCAUACCACCCUACUACAGCUACUUGAUGAGUUGCCAGGUGCAGACAUCGUCGUCGUUCCUCCGUGUGCCGCCCAUGAACAAGCGAAUCCAGCACCGGCAGCCACGACUGAAUUCGCUGUGAAGUUUAUGUUCAUGCUGUAUGUCUCUGUAUGUUUUUAUCCAUUCAGUAUGUAGCACUAGCAACCAUGGAGGUGUUCUGCUUUGUGAUCAUGCGUGUUCUUCUCUGUAACAUAUUAUAACUGCAACUUGGCUGUUAUUUUUUCUGGAAGCAAUUCCAAGCGCAGGA